UGCAAUAUAGGACCAAAGAUAGAGACUCAUGAGAGGGAUAUGUCUUUGAAUCUCAAACUCAGUCUCUCUUUUCUUUCAACCUCUUCCUCUUCCUCUUCCUCUUUCAGCUUUGGAAAAGGAAUAAAAAAAAAAGUAACCAAUUAGCUAGUGUCCAUUAUAUAUAUAGUUAUCUCUGUCAUCCUUAGUCAUCAAACUAAGCUUUAAGCUAAUACAAUGGCCUUUGGUUGGGAUAUGAUGGUGACUAUUGUAUGUGUGAUAUUGGGUUUGAGAUGGGUGCUUUCAAGUGUAAAUGUUUGGUACUAUGAAAAAGUAAAGUUGGGUGGUGACAAGAAGAUGAGGUUAUCAUUGCCACCAGGUGAUUUAGGUUGGCCUUUCAUUGGUACCAUGUGGUCCUUCCUCAGAGCUUUCAAGUCCAGCAAUCCUGAUUCAUUCAUCUCUUCCUUUGUUUCCAGAUUUGGACGGACAGGAAUGUACAAAACAUUGAUGUUUGGUAGUCCAAGUAUUAUUGUCACAACACCAGAAGCUUGCAGGAGAGUUUUAAGUGAUGAUGAAGCCUUCAAGCCUGGCUGGCCUACUUCCACUAUGCAACUCAUUGGUACAAAAUCAUUUAUUGGCAUUUCAUAUGAAGAACACAAAUGGUUAAGGAAAAUAACUGCAGCACCUGUGAAUGGGCACGAGGCGUUGGCGAUGUACAUAAAGUAUAUUGAAGAAAAUGUGAUAUCAGCAUUGGAUAAAUGGGCAUCCAUGGGACGAAUAGAGUUCUUAACACAGCUAAGAAAAUUAACUUUUCAGAUUAUUAUGCACAUUUUUCUUAGUUCUGGAAGUGAACAAGUCAUGGAUGCUUUAGAAAAGGAAUACACAACUCUGAAUUAUGGUGUUAGAGCAAUGGCUAUCAACCUGCCAGGAUUUGCUUAUCAUAAAGCACUCAAGGCUCGCAAAAAGCUUGUGGCGAUCUUCCAAUCGAUAGUGGAUGACAGAAGGGAGAGGAGGGAAAAAAGAGGGCCAGGAGAGAAGAAAGACAUGAUGGAUAUUCUACUAGAAGUUGAAGAUGAGAAUGGAAGGAAAUUGAAUGAUGAGGAGAUUAUUGAUGUUUUAGUGAUGUACCUUAAUGCUGGUCAUGAAUCUUCUGGUCAUAUUACAAUGUGGGCUACACAUUUUCUGCAGAAACACCCUGAAGUCCUAAAAAAAGCUAAGGCAGAGCAAGAGGCUAUUGUUAAAAAUAGGCCAGCUGAUCAAAAAGGGGUGACCCUCAGAGAAAUUAGGCAAAUGGACUACCUUUCAAAGGUGAUUGACGAAACUCUUCGUGUGGUUACCUUCUCCUUUGUAGUCUUCCGGGAGGCAAAGGAAGAUGUUGCCCUUCAUGGUUAUACCAUUCCCAAAGGAUGGAAGGUUUUGGUGUGGUUUAGGUCUGUUCAUUUAGAUCCUGAAAUCUAUAAUGAUCCGAUGAAGUUUAAUCCUUCUAGAUGGGACGGACUUACACCAAAGGCAGGAACAUUCCUUCCUUUUGGAGGAGGAAGCAGAUUAUGCCCAGGAAAUGACCUUGCCAAACUUGAAAUAUCUAUUUUUCUCCAUUAUUUUCUUCUAGGUUAUGAGCUUGAAAGGGAAAAUCCUACUUGCCCAUUGAUGUAUUUGCCUCAUUGUAGGCCUAAAGAUAACUGUUUGGGCAGAGUAAAAAUCUUAUCAACUACUAGUGCAUAGACCAAAAAAGAACAAGAAAACCACAUCUCUCUUAUUUAGAUUUUUGCUGGAUAUGGAAAAUUGCAAAGCAAGGCAAUUGCUUGGGAAUAGUUAGGAACAAAAAAGAAAAUAGAAAUCCAAAAAAAAAUUCAAUCAUUUUAUCUUCUUCUCCACAUUUCUUGCUCAAAAGAAUUUUGUAGACAUUUUAGCAAGCAGAUCAUAUAGAUAGUGAGUAUGAUCUUCCAUUAUGUUAAGAAUGAAUAAAUGCAGAAAAAAAAGUUGGUUACA